UUCAGAUUUCUCAUAUUAAUUCUCAUACUGUUUCUCAUACUAUUUCUCAUGGUAUUUUGUCAUAACCUUUGUAUUCCGACCAACUAAAAAAAAUUGUUGUUAACUGUUAGCUGUCUUUUUAAUAUUCAAUUAAAAAUAUUUCAAUAACAAUAAUGUUAUUCUUAUUAUCAGGUUUCAGAAAUUGAGCAGUUGAACAGUUAAAUUACUCGAUUAAAUAAAAUUAUAAGUUAUAACAUAACAUACAAUGGGUUUAAGCAUGAAAACUAAGUUUAUUCUUUUUGCUCUUUAUUCUUUAAUAUUUGUCACAUCUGUUGUAUCGUACUAUGGGUUUAAAGGCAGUCAAGAUUCAAAGCAUUACUUGACAAUUCAUUCGGGAAACAUUAAUCUACAAGUAAAAAAUGAAGGUUAUCACAGAGUUCUCCGUACAACUAUUACAGCUGACUAUGAAACAUCAAAUCGUAAAGACUGUGCAAUUACAUUACGCUAUGAUUUUCCUGCUGAUAUCUAUGUGGACAAAUAUGAGUUGGCUACUAUUGCCUUGAAUCGCAAAGUGGAAUUUUAUAUUGAUAACAAAUUUAUUGAUGUAGAAACACCAGCUCAUAAAUCUGAUCCAUUUGUUCUCUAUUUUAUCAAUUACACACUUCCAGAUACAGCAAAUAAAUUGAUAGAAACAGAAUUCCCCAUUCAUUUAAGGUACCAAAAAGCUGCCGAAGAUACUCGUUAUAAAGAGGUUCGAUUUGGAGAUGCUUAUUCUGAUGUUCAAAUGUUAUACUUAUGUAAAGGAUCAAGAAAUUCUAAUUGGAAACAAUUUCCACUCAAUUCUGGUGUAUGGAUUCCUGCGAGUUAUGUAAAAGUUAACAAAGAUGUGGUAAUGUAUGUACCAGUGGGUGAUACUAAUAAUUUGCCAUGGGUGACCAUCAUUACACAUGGUUUUGUAUUGUUGGGUACAUAUUACAUUCUACGCUCUUUAAUGACUACUCCAACAUCAACCAAUACUCUCGUCAGUAUUUCAAAUAUCAAAUGUUAAACUAAAUCAUAAGAAUGCUGGUUGUAAGCUCAUUAGCAAGAAAAUAUUUAAAGAGACUACAUUUUAAGACUACCUAUUUAUUGUGUGUUAUUUAUGUUUAAACCAUUUUAUGUAUUUUAAAUCCCUUCAGAUUUAUAAAGUUAUGUUAUAAAUUGAUUGCAUGCAUCACAAAGUUUUUAGAUUCUUAGUUGUUUUAAUUAAAUUUUAUGUUACAUGUUCCUUAAAAUUUAUAAAUAAUUAAAUAAAUAGCAUAUACCUAAUACAAUUAAUAGACAAAUUAAAUUUAGUUAGAACAAACUAUGUUAAUAUAUAGUUAAUUUUUUUUAUAUCUAUAUAUGCAAUAAGUUCCUAUGAUUUAAUUUUAUUCCAACCUAAUUUAAUAUUAUUUAUAUUAAGUUUUAUUGAUUUAUUGACUUUUACUUUAAAUAAAAUAUCUUUAAAUUA